CCUGCAAAGACAUACUAUACAGCUCUGCCAGCACAUCAUGAAGUAGUUCAUUUCUAUCCUAUCGAUAUCUGCCUCUUUGCUUCUGCCACGCGCUUUUACCGUUGCCUAAGGCCUUCAACGAUCGCUUCACAGCCUCAUCCUUCACGCUCAGACCAACUAACAGGGAAUAUCCCAACUCCGCAUCCAGCGCGCCUGACUUGGUAAAGAGCAGGAUUUCUAUUGUUUAGACAGUGUAGAGUCGCAAACCAACUACAUUAUUCCAUUUGGUGACCUCGCUCACCGUUCGCUCGCUACAACUAUACUACCAUGUUGUCAAACUGCCAUGUCUGCGAGCAUCGCAAUGAGGCUGUUGCUGCCUGGCCUUCAGCACCAUCCCAACUCAAUGUGUGCAUUGUCACACUCAGAUUCAAGAUACCUAUCACCCAGACACGGACGCAUUUACUCAUCGCGCUCAACACACUACUGAACAACAUCAUUGAUAACGAAGAAUCAACGCCACACCCCUCAACAUUCACGGUGUGGUCACCGUGUCUGUCCGAUCCGAGGACUGUCGUCAUUGUCACAACGACUAGCGACGUGUGCUCGACAGCGACAUCGCCCAUUUUCAAUGCCGUAAGAGAACAUCUGUCUAGACCACCGAGUGUGCAACAUGUGUACCUCGACCUGGCUGUUCUUUCGCUCGCUGCUGCGUCACCAGAACAACGAGUGUCCUGCGAUAUCAUAACGUUACAAGCUCCAAGCCCCACUGUGGCAUCUGCCAUCGGCAAACACUUCGGCUGGGACCCUAAACGCUCAUGCCUCUCCUCACGGCUACAGAGACCAACAGUCGCCUUCAGCCGACCUGGUGACCUGAUCCGCGACUUCUGGGCAUGGGCAGAAGUCAGUCCUAGCGGAUCACGGUCACCCUCUACUUCUAUAGGAUCGAGCUCAUUCAGCUCACCAUCGCUCAUGAGUCUCCACUCUGACCAUUACAACAUGUCAUGCUCAACACCCGAAAAUGGGGAGCAACUGGAGGAUGUGGAUAAGGAGACGCUCAUAACGAUCUUCCAAUGGACUAGCCGCGCCGAUGCGGACCGGUUCAAGGACCACAGUCAAAAAAGUUACGGUCCCAAUGGCGAAGAGGUCAGAAGGGACUUGUGGGAUACCGAGUUUGCGCAUCCGCUCGCUCAUUUGCAGCGCCUCGGAGCAAAAGUCGACACGUACAAGUUGGAGUUGAGAGCCGUCGAACCAAGGUUCCGCAAUGGAGUAGAUGCUAGCCCGCAGAAAGAUGUGCGAGAGAAGCGCAGGAGUAAGAGGCUGAGCGUCAUUGCAUUUGAGUUUGGUGAAAGGGUUAGUGGACUGUGGAAGUGAAAUAUCAUGUAUAUAGUCUUCCUGUUCGAAGAGCUGAAUAGGGAUAUACUGGAGUCAUGCAUCUCCAUUGAUUUGUGUCACUCCAAUAGUAGUAAUGAAGUAACGCUAUAACAUGUACAUGGUGCUAGCAAAGGAAUAGC